ACAAUGGCAUUCCGUUACAUCUUUGUGAUCAGCGCUCUGGUUGUCCUGAGCCAAGGAUCUUAUCUGUCCUCAGUGGAUCAGGAAUCUGAUGUUGGCGUUCACCAAUCUGGAGUAGCUUCGUCUGGAGCUCCAGUUUCUGGCACUCCUCGAGGACAUCCUUCUGUGUCUCAACCUCAACGCCCUGCAUCGGGCUAUGGCUCCACCUCAGGUUCUGUUGCAGGACCCAGACGAUCCAGCGGAUCCAAUGCCGCUAGACCUCGUCCUCAUAGUGGUGCUUCUCGUCGAUCAUCUGGUGGAUCCCUAAAUCGUCCUUAUGCCAGUGCCAAUCGUCCUUCGGCCAAUCGUCCUUCUGUCAAUCGUCCUGCUGGCGGUGCCAACACAGGCCACGGAAAUUCUCACCAGAUCCAUAACCAGAAGCCGUAUUAG